AUGGAAAGAAUAUCAAGAUACCAAUUACAACUAGAUUCAAUGGACUUGAAUUACUUACCCAUAUCAUUUUCAAGAGAUUUCACCAAAACAGCUCCUUUAUGGAGUUUUGGAUCUGAUAGUAAUGAGUACUUUGAAUUUGAAAUCCGUAAUAAAGUCGAUGACAAUAUCCAAGAUUCUACUAUAACAGCAACAUGUUACAUUUGUGCCAUAGAAGUUCCCAAAUUAUUCUUUAAAGACCACUGUAAAAGUAAAAGACACUACAUUAAUAAAUGCAUAGCAGAAACAGCAUUAGAUCGUAUGCAAAAACAUUUACAAAACAAAGAAGACUGUGAGAUUACCAAUGAUGUAUGUGAUACAUACUUCUGUCCUGAAUGUGUUGUUACUGUCUCCCAAAAAGACCAAAAGUCGCAUGAAAACCUUCAAUCCCAUAAAUAUUUGGCUAUGUUUGACAACUUGUUUGAUAACCUUUACAAAAUAUAUGCAAAUGAAAGUGAAACAAAAAAUACACAAGAUGGAGCAGAUAUAUCACAUAUCACAGAUUCAUCCAAAAUCAAUAGCAUUAAGCUGGACUGGGAUCCUAAUGAUUCAAUACAAUAUGUUAAUAAUAAAAGACAACCUGAUGAGCCUAAUGUGAGUUUAGAUAGUUCAAAAUUAGACAGAUAUUCAAUUUCAGACCUAAAAGCAUUGGAUGUUGACUGUGAUGCUUCUGACACAUCCAUUUCAAAAACAUUAAUCGAUAAAGCAAAUAAUGUUUUAAAAAGUAAAGAAUUCGUUUCUGAAGAAUGUGAAUCUAAAUCGAAUUUUACAUCUAUUCCAUUUGACAAAGAUUCAUUUGUGAACAAUGAGCUUUCAGAUUGCAUUUCUGUAGAUGGUGAUAACUUUAAUUGUAAUGUAUGUUAUUCAACUUUUAAUAAAAAUUCAUUAAACUCACACAUAAAUGGAUCUAGACAUAAAAUGAACAAGGUAUCUAGGGUACAUUAUAUGAUGAAGGAAUCUGGAAAUGAUUUGUAUUGCAUUGUUUGUUGCAAUAUUUUAGAAAAUUCAGUUAAGUCAGCAAAGGAUCACUGCAAAGGAUCAAACCAUACAAUGUUGUAUAAAAAAAUUCUGAAAGAAAAUGGAAUCAGACUCACAAGGUCUCAAAUUCAUUGUGAACUUUGUGACAAAACUAUUCCUAAAAGAAAUGAAUUUGUCCAUAUUUUUGGUUGUAAGCAACAUCAUAAAAAAAGGUCUAAUAACUCAUUUUGCAGUGUUUGUGAUAUAUUAAUACCAAAUAAUGAAGUCAAAAAUCAUGACAAUUCUGAUUUACAUAAAACUAAGCUAGAAUGUAAACAGGACAAAUUUAUAAAUGGUAAUAAUAAAGCUAUAAUUAAUAUGACAAGAAAUGCUGAAACUAUGGAAGACACCUCUUCAAAUGAAACUAAGACUAGUGAGCCAUAUUUCUGUGUGAUAUGUCUAGUAAAUGUACCCAACACUCCAAAAAAUAUAGAGAUGCACAAUAAUGGAGCUUCACAUAGAAAGAAGGCUCAACAGUAUUCAGAAAUAAUAGUUGUUCCCGAAUCUUCUGUGAAAAGUGAAGUAAAUGAAGCCAACAGUAUUUAUUAUUGCGACAUCUGUCAAUGCAGUUUACGUAAUAGCAGCAACAUGAUAGCCCAACAUAUUAUUGGAACACCUCAUAUAAAGAAGUUAAUAAAAUUACAGGAAUCGUUAGAUACAACAAAAGAACUGCCAAUCUCAAAACAAGGAGAGAAAAAAGCCGAAAUUGUUUGUAAAGUGUGCAAAGUGAGAGUUCCUAAUACCAAAACAAAUAUAAGUGAACAUGGCAAGGGUAAAGUACAUUUGAACAAUUAUAAACUUACUUUAGAAUCAGAAAAUAUAGUUUCCGAUGACAACAAACAUUACUGUCAGGCAUGUAAUGUAUAUAUAGAGAAUCCUUUAAAACAUAUUGAAGAAAAAAAUCAUAAAAAUAAAAAUAAACUGCAUAUAAAGAAUCUUCCAUUUAAAACAACACUUAAUGGUGACGAAACCACAAACCAACUGUCAAUUACUGAGGCACAUGUUGCAGAAGAAUCAAUAUUGGUUAAAACAGAUUCAACAAUGGACCAAAACUGUUCUGUGUCUGAUGUAAAGACGCAGGAAAAAAUACCAUUGGUUUCUGGUUAUAAUAACAUGUGCAAUGAAAAUCUAUCAGACCCUGAAAAGAUAGAUUCAAGCCCAAGCUACACUGCUUCUGACAAAAGUACCCUUAUCCUCGAGCAUGAAAAUCUAUCAGACCCUGAAAAGAUAGAUUCAAGCCCAAGCUACACUGCUUCUGACAAAAGUACCCUUAUCCUCGAGCAUGAAAAUCUAUCAGACCCUGAAAAGAUAGAUUCAAGCCCAAGCUACACUGCUUCUGACAAAAGUACCCUUAUCCUCGAGCAUGAAAAUCUAUCAGACCCUGAAAAGAUAGAUUCAAGCCCAAGCUACACUGCUUCUGACAAAAGUACCCUUAUCCUCGAGCAUGAAAAUCUAUCAGACCCUGAAAAGAUAGAUUCAAGCCCAAGCUACACUGCUUCUGACAAAAGUACCCUUAUCCUCGAGCAUGAAAAUCUAUCAGACCCUGAAAAGAUAGAUUCAAGCCCAAGCUACACUGCUUCUGACAAAAGUACCCUUAUCCUCGAGCAUGACAGUAAAAAAACUCCAUUAAAAAUCGAAGAAAGCAAUACUGAAAUUCCGAGUUCUUUAAAAGAAAAGCCAAAUGUUGUACAGGAUGAUCAAAAGUUAUUAAAAAGUGAAUGGAUCACUAUACUUGAUGGAGAAUAUUAUUGCAAAAUAUGCAGUACUUCUUUGCUAAAUGUUAAAAAUCAUAUAAAUGACAGAAUGCACCGAUAUCUUCAUCCAAGAUUUCCAUAUUAA